AGCGUGCCGCAGAGGCUGUGUGUGCCAUUAUGUGCGCGUCGGUCAAGUACAACAUCCGGGGACCCGCCCUCAUCCCCAGAAUGAAGACCAAGCACCGCAUCUACUACAUCGCGCUCUUCUCCGUGGUCCUGCUGGGCCUCAUCGCCACGGGCGUGUUCCAGUUCUGGCCCCAUUCCAUCGAGUCGGCCAGCGACUGGGGCGUGGAGAAGCGCAGCGUGCGGGCCGUGCCGGUGGUGCGCCUGCCGGCCGACAGCCCCAUCCCCGAGCGCGGGGACCUCAGCUGCCGGAUGCACACGUGCUUCGACGUGUACCGCUGCGGCUUCAACCCCAAGAACAAGAUCAAGGUGUACAUCUACCCGCUGAAGAAGUACGUGGACGACAGUGGCGCGCCGGUGGGCACCACCCUCUCGCGGGAGUACAACGAGCUGCUGGCGGCCAUCGCGGACAGCGACUACUACACGGACGACAUCGGCCGCGCCUGCCUCUUCGUGCCCUCGGUGGACGUGCUGAACCAGAACGCGCUGCGCGUCAAGGAGACCGCGCAGGCCCUGGCCCAGCUCGCCAGGUGGGACCGAGGUAUGAAUCACCUGCUGUUCAACAUGUUGCCGGGGAGCCCCCCAGAUUACAACACGGCCCUGGAUGUCCCCAGAGACAGGGCCCUGCUGGCAGGCGGUGGCUUUUCCACGUGGACGUACCGACAAGGCUACGACGUCAGCAUUCCUGUCUACAGUCCCCUGUCGGUGGAGGUGGAGCUUCCAGAGAAGGGACCGGGCGCCCGGCGGUACUUCCUCCUCUCGUCUCAGAUGGGCCUGCAUCCCGAGUUCAGGGAGGAACUGGAAGCCCUCCAGGCCAAGCACGGAGACGCCGUGAUGGUUCUGGAUAAGUGCACCAACCUCUCGGAGGGCGUCCUGGCCGUUCGCAAGCGCUGCCACAAGCACCAAGUCUUUGACUACCCCCAGGUGCUGCAGGAGGCGACUUUCUGCGUGGUUCUUCGAGGCGCUAGGCUGGGCCAGGCGGCGCUGAGUGAUGUGCUGCAGGCUGGCUGCGUCCCCGUGGUCAUUGCAGACUCCUACAUCCUCCCUUUCUCGGAAGUCCUUGACUGGAAGAGAGCAUCGGUGGUUGUACCAGAAGAAAAGAUGUCGGACACCUAUAGUAUCCUGCAGAGCAUCCCCCAGAGGCAGGUUGAAGAAAUGCAGAGGCAGGCACGGUGGUUCUGGGAAGCAUACUUCCGGUCAAUUAAAGCCAUUGCCCUGGCCACCUUGCAGAUCAUCAAUGACCGGAUCUACCCAUAUGCUGCCAUCUCUUAUGAAGAAUGGAAUGACCCCCCCAUGGUGAAAUGGAGCAGUGUGAGCAACCCGCUCUUCCUUCCACUGAUCCCCCCCCAGUCGCAGGGCUUCACUGCCAUCGUCCUCACCUAUGACCGAGUGGAGAGCCUCUUCCGGGUCAUCACCGAAGUAUCCAAGGUGCCCAGUCUCUCCAAGCUGCUCGUUGUCUGGAAUAAUCAGAAUAAGAACCCUCCGGAAGAGUCUCUCUGGCCCAAAAUCCGGGUUCCGUUAAAAGUGGUGCGGACCGCUGAGAACAAGCUGAGCAACCGUUUCUUCCCUUACAACGAGAUCGAGACGGAGGCUGUGCUGGCCAUCGACGACGACAUCAUCAUGCUCACCUCUGAUGAGCUGCAGUUCGGUUACGAGGUCUGGCGGGAAUUCCCAGAUCGGUUGGUGGGCUACCCAGGCCGCCUGCAUCUCUGGGACCAUGAGAUGAAUAAGUGGAAGUAUGAAUCUGAGUGGACAAACGAGGUGUCCAUGGUGCUCACGGGCGCAGCUUUUUACCACAAGUAUUUUAACUACCUGUACACCUACAAAAUGCCGGGGGAUAUCAAGAAUUGGGUGGAUGCUCACAUGAACUGUGAAGACAUCGCGAUGAAUUUCCUGGUGGCUAACGUCACGGGGAAGGCUGUCAUCAAGGUGACCCCCCGGAAGAAAUUCAAGUGCCCCGAGUGCACCGCCAUCGACGGGCUGUCACUGGACCAGACGCACAUGGUGGAGAGGUCUGAGUGCAUCAACAAGUUUGCUUCCGUCUUCGGGACCAUGCCUCUCAAGGUGGUGGAGCACCGGGCCGACCCCGUCCUGUACAAGGACGACUUUCCUGAGAAGCUCAAGAGCUUCCCCAACAUCGGCAGCUUAUGAACCACGUGCCCGGCCGAGGUCUGAGUGUGCGCAUGCGCCAGGGUGAGACCCAGCCUCCUCGGCACACUUGUGUCGGGACAGGCUUGGGCAGGGCCUUAGAUCCUUAUCAAGAACAGGAACCUGGGAAGAUGCCCUGAGCACCUAUCGUUCCUUCGGCUCUCCCAGGAGUUCUCUCCGGAAAUGCCACAGAGAACCCUGUGCCGUGGCAUGGAUGUCAGCCCGACUCAGACACCCUGCCUUUCCAGACCUGGGAGAACCUUCUGGAAAGAAAGCUCAUUGACUGUAAGACGGCCGGAGAAGAGGAAGCUAGUGGACCAUGUUAGACAUGAGGGAAACGUCCUGAAUGAUCACCUCGGUCUGAGUUAGUUCGAAUCAGGGAGCUCCCGGAAGCCACGCUGAGCCCAGAGCAUGGUGCAGUAGGCAGACCUGGCAGUGGGUUUGAUGCCCGCCCGGGACUCGGGCGGUGGACUGGUACAGAGGAGCAGAAUCGACUCUUGAGUUGGGAUCCUUUAAGUUCCAUGAACUAUUAUUCCUCUUUGGGCUGGCUUUUUGAUACAAUUAAAUUGAUUGCUUAUUCCUUUUC